UAGGCCUGGGGCAACUUUGGAUUCCAACUUUCUUUGGAAGAAGCUUCUAGAGAAGCAAAGCCAUGUCCUCACAAACGUCCUGCAUGAACAAGAUCAUUGUAUAUGACAAAGCCAACUUUGAAGGGCUUAGCAAAGAGUUCACUUGCGACAUACCUGACCUGCACGCGUUGGAUUUUGGGGAUUGCAUCUCCUCUCUGAGGGUGAUUGGGCAGCCUUGGGUGGCUUACAAAUCCCCCAAGUUUGGAGGAGAUGGUUUUGCUUUUGAGGAAGGGAAUUACAGUGAAAUUGACACGAACAAUAAAAUCUCAUCCCUUCGGCUGGUUCACCAUGACCUCUCUGAGCCCUUGAUCACCCUGUAUGAGCGUCCUAACUAUGAGGGCCAACGAAAGGUGGUGCAAGAGGAGACCAACCUUGCUUAUGGUUACUUCAACGAUUGCGUCUCCUCCCAUGCGGUGCAAAGGGGAGUGUGGCUCUUGUACAAAAACUCCAACCGGGGUGGAUGGUAUCACGUCGCCUGGCCUGGGGAGCGCAUUUGUGACUACAAAACAGAGCUCAACUUUGAUGACAGUGUCUCCCACCUGAGGCCCCUACAGCCUGGGUGCCCCAUCAUCACCACAAAGCUAUUUUGGGACAAGAAAAAGGUGGAGGAUGAGAGGGAUGUCCUGAUCGAUGAGAUUGUGGGAACCAACUGUACCGAAUAUGAGCAAGCAUUCACUGCAAACACCUGCAGGGAAUACACGGCCACCGUUUUCCAGAGCUUCCACUUCAGCAACACCACGACCCUAAAACUUGGCCUCUCGUUCCAGGUCACUUUGGGAGGUUCCAAUGUCUUUAAGGUGAAGAAGGGGAAGCAGGAAUCCAUCAUCACCAAAGAGAAGGUCGAGGUUCUGCUACCUGCUAAGAUCCCGCCACACACUCAGCUUACUAUCCACGUGAUCAGGAAAGAGACCACGACCUCAGUCCCAGUGGAGCUCACUAUUUGUCAGAACGGGAAAGAAAGUAAAGAGCAAGCAGAAUAUCGGUGUGUUUCAGGGCGUACUAUCAGCACCCGAUAUACCAUGGUGCCCGUCUCAGCAGCAGAGGAAAAAUCUAAAUCUAAAGCUGUAAAAGAAGGAGAACAUUGCCCUACACAGCCCUCAGAGGUGGAUUUAAAGCCCGUCCUAUCUCAGUCUGGACAAGUAACAUCAGAGGAGACAUCCUAAGCCAUGGAGAAGACUUGAGUUAGGGCUGCUUCCAGACUGUAUUAACUGAUGAAAGAAAGGAACGCAAUAUUUUGGGUUAGAUACAGUGAUACUUUCUGGGAUUUCAAGGUUAGAUGUUAGACCAGGGAUGGGUGACUUGGAGCCAUCCAGAUGUUUUACGAUUGCAAUUCCCAAUCACUUGGGUUAGCAUCAUUAAUAAUUAUGGGGGGUGCUGUCCAACAACAUCUGAAGGGCCAUACAUUGCCCAUCCCUGCUUUGGGGAUAGUAUUUCAAGGGAGUAAGUUAUUAUGAUAGUUAAGAUGAUAAUUUCAGGGUUGUUGUGUGUUUUCCGGGCUGUAUAGCCAUGUUCCAGAAGUAUUUCUGGAACAUGGCCAUACAGCCCAGAAAAUACACAAUUACCCUGUGAUUCCGGCCAUGAAAGCCUUGAACAACAUGAUAGUUUCCAUUUGAAAAUGUGAGUCUCCUCAAGAAUGAAGGGAUCUCAACAAAUUAGCUACAAAAACAAUAACGCAUCUAAUCACCUUCAUCCUAAAUAAUUCCUGUUGUCUUAUGAUAUGGUCAAGAAAAGCUCUAUAUAGGUACAAGAUUAGUUCAGGCCUUCCAGGCUUUAUGGUACCUAUCACAGCUAUCCAGGACAAAUAUCCCGGUGAAGGGAGGGAUUUUUGGAUUAUGCUCAGGUGGUCAGAGGUCCAGAGAAUGUGAAUAAAUUAGUUUCUUUAGUUAGCAAACAAACCCAAACCUGGAGUUGUGGUUUAGUCCAGUUGUUCCUCAUUAAAGGUGCCCCUGCCAUCUCAGAUGUUCAUAUUUUAUUUUAUUGUGUAAUGAAAGUUUCUGCUUUUGUUUCUUAAAAACUCUAGUUUUCAUGGUAUGGGAAUAUUGGUCUCCUUUACCCCUUGUAGUACAGUACAUUGCUGUCAACACAAUAAAAAUACACCUUCGUAUCCAUUAGUUCUUGCUCCACUGUGACAAUCCGGCCACCACCCCCAAAUUAUAAUUUAGUUGAUUGUGAAAAUGACAAGCAAUUGAGCUAAAAUCCAUAUGUCAUCUGGGCUUUAGUAAUUGGAUGAAUGACACGGGAAUUGGGAAAGAAAUGGGAUGACAGGUAAGGAUUGCUAAAAAGGUAGGGAGUGUCUCAGCUUGUUGAUAUUUGUUUUGCAAAGAGUUUCUAACUCUCGUGAUUGCAAUGAGAAGAAUACCCACAAUAUAUUGAUGACUUGUUAGUCAUA